ACCGAACGAAACUAUCGGCUAUCGGUGUCAUUCGCACCGGCACAUCAUGGGGUUGAACUGUGUGAAAGCGACUGGAACCUAUUUCUUUGAAUAUGACACUUUAAAAGUGGUGCAUAUAGGUAAUAAGAAAAUCGGCGUGAUCAACAGGCUCGUACAAAUGCUCAUUUUGGGCUACAUCAUUGGGUACGUCAUCGUGUACAGGAAGGGGUACCAGCAGUUCAGCGAUUUUAACUCAGCCACAACAACUAAAGUGAAAGGAGUGAUUAGCACAGAAGACCUGCAAGAUGAUGCAUUUUACCCAUUCCUGAAUGAUAUCUCAGUUUACAAAAGGAUCUGGGAUAUAGCCGACAUUGUAGUUCCCCCAACGGAGAAUAACGAGUUCUUUAUUUCCACGAAUCUGAUCAUCACUCCAAAUCAACAAGUUGCAACGUGCCCCGAAGCAUAUGAUGUUUCACAAGCUCAUUGCAAAUCUGUACACGAUACUACAACGUGUAAAGCGGGAGAACCGUUGCUUUUGGGAAAUGGAAUCAUGACUGGACGAUGCAUACGAGCUAGACCUCCUCACAACUCGUCACACGUCUGCGAAAUUAGAGGCUGGUGCCCUGUGGAACAAGAUUACGGACCACUGAGGAACAAAACUGCCCUUCUUGAAGACGUCGCAAACUUUACAGUUCUGAUAAAAAACUACAUCGAUUUUCCACUCUUCAGAAUAAAGAGGAGAAAUAUCCUCGACUCGGAAAAUAGCACCUACCUCAGGAACUGCCUGUACGAGCCCACCACACAUAGUCUCUGCCCAGUAUUCCGCAUUGGCGACAUAGUAAAGAAUGCUGGAGUUGAAUUCAGCGAGAUAACCAUGAAGGGUGGCGUCAUUAGAAUCCUCAUCUCGUGGGACUGUAACCUGGAUUUUGACGUCAAAUAUUGCAUCCCAACCUACAGUUUCUCAAGGCUAGAUGACCCAAGCGUUGCCCUCGCAAAGGGUUGGAACUUCAGGUACCCAAAGUAUUAUAACGAGACCACGAGGACGCUGGUGAAAGCAUAUGGCAUUACGUUUGCUAUCCUGGUACAAGGACGAGCAGGAAAAUUGAGUCCAAUACCCAUAGCCAUCAACCUGGGUUCAGGGCUUGGGCUGAUGGUCGUCGCUACAAUAUUUUGUGACCUCGUCGUUGUACACUGUCUCAGGAAACGGAAGCUCUACAAAGCCAAGAAGUACAAAUUUGUCUCAAGCGAGGAACACUUCACUAAUGAUACGGGGGAAUUGAUAGGGUAAUCUAGAUACCCAAUCAUUUCCUCACAAACCAGCCCAUGAGAGAAAAAGUGAAGUGACAGAGCCUGGAAAAGAUGCAUGCAAAGCCAUUACCAGAAAUAGCUUGAGGAUUGCCAGCACAUUGCAUCAGAAGAGGGUUUCUCAUCUACCUUGCAUCAACUAUCACAUGGGGUGCCGCCGAUGUUACACAGGCUUAUUGAGAAAGUGCUGCUCAGUGGGAAAAUGGUGACUAACACAAAAGGCCUUUGAUCCUCAUUCGAACAAUUGUCUAAACGGUUUUCUGAAUGCGAGUGAUGUAUUAACAACACCUGACUGCAACCUAGGCUGCUGUGAUAGUUAAUGAAUUAACCGGUACAAAUAACCAUGUUUUGUUCUUACACUGGCUUUAUAUUUUGUCUCCCGGGAAUUAUUGUCACCAUGUCUCCCCUUCCGUUUUCUUUUAUUCCAGGUUAAUACUGGCGUUACAUUUUCAGUUAGGGCUUUGACUGCUUGUUCGUGGGGUGUUGUGCCAGAUUAACGCAGGUACUCUACACCUGAGAAGUGUUUGAACGAAAUUGUGUUACAUUCAAUUGUCCUUGCAAAUUUAUACUUGAAUUUAUAUGUGAAUAAUUUCCUGAAUGUCACGGUUGAUUAAGUGGUGUGGUGUGGAGUGAGAAAGCAAUAUGGGGUGUCCCCAUUAACACCUACUGAGAUUUAAAAGUGUCCUAGUCACCAGUAUUUCUUUCACUGUGCCAGAUUAAUUAAUUAGGUAAGAUUAAUUAGCUAGCAUUCAAAAUAUUGUUUUGAAGGACCUGCAUGUUAAUUGGAAAUUUGUAGAGUACCUUAAGAAAGACCUGACUGAGGGAUUUCCAAUAACAUAUGCUUGGUGUCUGUGUGGGUUUGUGCUUUUGAGCUGAAAAAAAUAUU